GACUUUUUAGCUUAUUUACAGUACUGCUUUUAAUGUCAAUAAGGUCCUCUGACAACCACAAUUUUUCACAAGUUUUUAUGUUAUUACUCAACUAAAUACUAAGAAUAAGUAAAGACUGACAAAUUAUCUUUUUUAGUUUUUAAUGUUGACAAAACAGAUGAUUUCAUUUCAUGCCAAAGGUAUAUUAAUUUGGUAGGAAAAUAGCUUUUAUAGUUCAGUUUUUUAUGUAUUUGUACAUCAUGAAAACAUCCAUAUUUUUGUUUGUUGAGGAGAAAUUAGGUCUUAUCACUCGUAAGUGCUGUAAAAUAAAUGAUUGCAAAUGAAGACUUGAAAUGUAGGUGGAAAUAAUGAUUUAUGAAAGAACAGAGCAGCAGGAGAUAAACUUUAAAGGUAAUUUUACACAUUUUCACAACCUUUCCAACUAAAUCGGCAUCUGCAGUGCAAGAAGAGGAUAUGAUUUGAGAUCAAAAGUGCUAACAGCAAAGUGGCUAAACAACAAACAAUUUACCUUCAUCUAAUGGAAAAGGCGCGUAAGCUGAAAAUCCUAAUCAAGGAGAAAGACAGGAAGCUCAAAGACCUGGAACGGCGAACUGACAAUAUGGAACAAUAUUCAUAUAAACAACUUGAUCGUCAGCAAAUCAGAAACCACACACUGAAUCUGUGCAGGACUAAAGCUGGAAGAAAGUGAAAGUUCCCCACCGAUCUACAAAAAGAUACUGUAUCAAGUCACGUUGUGCCUCGCCUAGACCUACACGUGUGUAUGUAGGUGAAGUACCAGCAGUAAUAUAAGACUGUGUAAGAGUGACAAAGUCCGUGUUUGGAGGAGGUGGAAGAAACACAGGACUUUCACCUGGGAGAUGGCUGUUUGAGUCCUGUGUGAAACCACAAGUCAAUGUCAGUUGAUUCAGAGAGGACACACCGGUGCGGUCUGUCCUGCCUCGGCCCUCUGACCUUCCACGGUCAGGCUGUGGGAGUUCAGGUCUGCCUGAGUCAUGGGCGUCGGCUCGCAGAGAGGAGGGAGUCCACUUUCAAGAACGGUCUGGUGUUCAGCAGCCGCCCAGUGAAGAUCCAGGAGAGGAUUCGUCUGAGGGUGCAGAAAGAUUUGUCUAACUGGCACGGAGCUCUGCGUUUGGGCUUCACCAACAUCCCACCUUCAGAAAGAUCUCAGCCUCUGCCCACCAUGGCCAUCCCCAACCUCACUGACACACCUGGACACUGGGCUGCUCCUGUGCCUGAAUCCUACUGCCGUGCAGGUUCAGAGCUGGAGUUCUGGGUUUCUGAAGGAGGCAACAUAUACAUUGCUAACGAAAGCUUAGGGUGGCGCAAGAUAUUUACAGGAGUGGAUCUCAGCAAACCGCUGUGGGCGAUGGUAGACAUCUACGGACAGACGUGCUCCGUUUUACUCCUGGGCUCAGAGAUACGAGGACAGCUUCAAACUAGACGGUCCUGUCCUGCACCUGAUGACCUCCUCUCAACCAACGUUGACAACCACUACAGUUGGAUUUCUGAUGGAUACAGUGACGACAGCAUGUCCUGUCUUGACGUGGACCCAGCAGAUGAAGACAGUGUUAAGGUCUGUGUGGUGUGCAUGGGAAGAAAGGCCAGAAACACUCUGCCUUGUGGUCACCGGUGUCUGUGUAUCCACUGCAUCUCCAGAGUCAUCCUUGAGUUUGGCAGCUGCCCAUUGUGCCGACACAAGAUCAUAGCUCCAUUAGCGGGGAUGGGGAUGUCUGUCUCUGGGGUUGUCUAAGCUAAGUUUAGAAGAAUCCAUUCAGGAAUCACCAGAUAAAAGCGAGUGACUGUAACAAAGAGAACACUAAACCCUGGUGGACCAGUGGUUGGAGAGGUUUACCGUAUGGUCACAGUGUCACCGAUUGAAGCCCAGCCAGGAAACUUAUUAAACUGUCUCUUCCUUAAUAUGUAAAUGUUGUACAGCUUGUGUAAAAUACGAUGUACUGAGAUGUUAAUGUGAAGAUAUUGAGCGUGUGUGAUAUGAUAUUCUCUUUUCUAUAAUUCUUCUUUCGUGUGUGUGUGUGCAUGUGUGAUUCCUAAAUGUCUGUGCUUUAGGCCUGUUGUGGACAGCUGACUCCCAAAGAUUUUCAUGUUCUUCAUAUUCUGCGUGUUGGCCAGUUUUCUUAUUUUAGAGAUUUCAAAAAUGCAAGAGGAGAUCAACUUAUUCCCCAAAGAACCUGAAAUAGGGAAUGAACCCAGGAAAAAUGGAAGUGUUUGGCAAGUAUGUCAUGGUGGUACUAUUGGAAAAAUCACCAGUCAGUAUGUUUUAUCCUCUGGGGACCAUCAGUGUUUAUUGUCAUCCAUCCAUCCAACCAAUCCAUCUAAUUGUUGCUGAGAUUUUUCAAUCUGGACCGAAGUGGUUGACCAACUGUCUGACGGACCAAUCGGGCCAUCCACUGAGUCUCUGCACAUGUAAUCGUGUUUAGUUUCAAUGUUUUGACCUCUCUGUGAACACUAUAGCUUGAUUGCUCCCCAGGGUGUUAGAAAUGUAACAUAUAAACAAGUGUUUAUGGAGUUUAUGUCACAAAAAUAGUCUGUUCAGUGCAGGAAAAUAUAACAUUUUUGUUGGUAGUAAAACUAGAAAACAAAGGAGCUUCUGAGAGAAGCGGAUCAUCCCGUGGGGAUUUUUAUGGAAACAACAAACUGGACCUGUGGGAGAAUUAGCAGAGGGUUGCUAAUCUGUAACAGCCAGAAAGGCUAGAGCAGAUACAUUUGGAGGAGGGUAGAUGAGAAUGAAACCAGACAAGGAUGUGGGGGGUGGCACAAACAGAAAAAAAUAGUGAUAUAUGACCACUCCAAGGUAAAAAAAAAAGAGGUGAGAACAGCUUCUCAUCUGCAACCAAUCUUUGUCUUGUGUACCAUUCUCAAAGUGUUAAUAAAAGUGUGAAAACACUGUAAGAGA